AUGAAUUCAGAUUCCGACUCCGAAGUCCGGAUAUUUGGUUGCUUUGUACUCGACCCAUGUGGUUCGGCUUGUUGGGCCACCUCACUUAACCAAACAUCUCCGAGAAGAAGUUCUACCAGAUCUACAGCACUUGCUGCUUCAUGCCCGGUUGCAUCUUACUCUGCUGGUUCACCUUCGAAACAGGUCUCCGCACCUGAGACACAUCCUUCUCCUGUUGCUUAUUCUUUUUCCUAUAUUGUGGUGGCUUAUUCAGCGAGCUGGAGCUCCUACUGUUCCCGCGCCAGCUUCCACUCUAGCUCCCUUCGGCCUCGAAGAUCAUCAGGUUCCAUCCAACUCACUCUAGUUUCUAUGUUAAUUGGUUUUGUACUUCUGCAUGUUGGGAAUCAAAAUAGAAUAAGAUUUUCUACUUGA